UCCCCACCUUAUUACUAAACAUGAUCCCUGACACAAAAACGUGCACUUUUUUUAAAAAUCAGGGUAAACAUAGAUUAUAUGCACAUUAAUUGGGUGAGUUGUCAUAGAUUUAAACCAAAAUCAACAUCUUCUGUGAUAACGGGAAAUAAAGAUGAAAGGAUAUGAGUUAAAUGAUAUCAAUUCAUAUCCCAUAAAUGUUAAUCUAACAUUAUUCAAUAGGCUGUGAGUACUUAUGUGCUUGUUUAUUGAACUGUUCGCUCCAAAUGUAUGUAAAGCCUCCUUGGAUAACAUCAAUGCAAUGCAGCAAAACAUUCCCUCUGUUCUGUUAUCUAUCCACAACAUAUGUGUCUCAGCACCUUGCCAUGACCCACUUCCACUCUUGCACAAACACUGAGACACAGACAUGUAUGUAGAAGGAACCGUGCAAAAGAAAUUCAUAGCCCUGUUAUGAAGAACCAUCAAGCAUUAUUUCUUUUGCCAAUUUUGGCUCUUGCAUUUUUGCUCAUCACUAUAGGUGAAUCCGGUUCUCUUCGCCCAGUGUUGUCUGGUCCUGACAGAGCCUACCUCAAUACCCGGGUAGUCUUCCGCUGUUCUGUCCCCAACCUGUCCUCUAUGGUCAGCUACAUGCUGAUAAGGGAUCGACGUUUCGUUGUUGGCAGAAAUGUUGGCCGUCAAAGGAAAAACACUGCAAUGUUUCCUCUAAAAGUCAAUGCAGCUUCAGAUGGGUCAUAUCACUGCAAAGCUUCAACUGAAGAAAGCCAAGGAUUGAGCAACAGGAUCAAACUGACCGUAGUCACCCCACCAUCUAAUAUCAGAGUGACCUCUGACCCCUACCCUCCGGUUGCAUUCGAGGGGUCUCAGAUUGUCCUAAGCUGUGAUGCUCAACGUGGUUCUCACCUUAACUACACCUGGUAUUUUAACAGGACCACAAUAAUGUCAUCAACAUCUGGCUUCAGCAUUGUGGGGAACAAGCUAGUGAUGGAGAAGGUGACUUUGGAGAGGGAGGGAAAUUAUAACUGCAUUGCUUGGUCUAUGGUGCAGCAAAUCACCAGGUAUUCAACCAGCACAGAAGUCAAAGUGACAGUCAAAGUUAAGAUCUCAAAACCAGAAAUCUCCCUUUUCAUUUUCAAAGAGGGGGAUACUUACCUUGGAAAUGUAACCUGCUGGUCUUCAAAAGGGACUCCACCAGUAAACUUCUCUCUUUUACUGGAUGACACAGAGGUCAUAACUGCCACAGCUGCCAAAUCACUGGCUGCAUGGUUUAAGAUUCCUGUUGCCAUUGGGCUGAACAUGGGAGAGGCCCGAUGUCGAGGGAGAAAUGAGGCGCAGGACUUGAAGAGUGAGGCCCUCACUCUGGAAGUAGGUGAGGUUCACAUUGAAGGUGUUUGCUUUUUUGUGACCCACACUCUUGGUUUCCUCUUUCAGCUCAAUGCUCUUCUGUACUCCAUUUCCAUUUUGUUUCAAGUCCCGGUUGGAGGAGAUGUAAGGUUGGAAGUUGACUAUCUGUACACUGCUGAAGCCAAGCUGGACGCUGUGAAGCUUAGCUGUCACAUCAGCAGAGGGACGUUCCCACACUUCUCCUGGCUAGUAAACAACACUAUACUUCCGACUGAGUCCCAAAAGGAUUUCAAACCUCAAACGUUCCUGUCCCACCAAAAACAAGGCCUCAUCCUCUCUGAAUUCAGCGCAGAGUAUGCUGGGUAUUACCGCUGUAGGGCCAGAGACAGCUAUGAAGACUCUGGGCCAUGGGCAGAAAGUGCAGCUGUGCUGGUCCAAAUCACCGAAGAAAACCUGAACUCAAUGGCUCAAGCAUCGUCCUGCACAUCCACAAUGUCCCAAAAGCUUUUUUCAGAUGUUAUCACCAUAGUCUUCUGCUGCUUCUUUCUCUUGAUGCUGGCAGUGGCUUCAGUCUGCGUUUACAAGAUGUUUGACCAACCCCAAGCUUUUACCAAUGUUUCUGCAACCAAGUAA